AUGAUCUCCGCCCUCGCGUGGGUCCCCAAGGGCGCGUCCCGUCGCCUGCCGGCGAAGUUGGUGCUCACGGACGAAGAGGUGCAGUUGCUGCAGGAACGCGCUGCAGAAGAAGAAGAAGGAGAACGAGACGAAGCUGCACGAGACGAGGAACAGGAAGAAGAGCAGGUGCUGCCGGAGGACGCGAAGGACAGCAAUGGACUGCCGCUGUCGUUCAAGAUGGACGACUACGACGACGAGGACAACGACGUGGCGCUCAAGAACUUUAUUGACAGCAGUUCAGGCCCCAGUGCAAUUGACGAGGAGGACGACGAGGAGGACGACGACGAGGGGCUCCGUGACGUCGUAGACGACGACGAGAGCGAUGUUGCGAUGGACGACAAGGAAACAGAGGAAGAGGACGAGGAGGAAGAGGAGGAGGACGAGGAGGAGGAUGAUGAGCUGGAGAUUGACAAGGAAGACGUGGAGAUUCGCCCUACCGACAGUGUCAUUCUCGUGGCCAAUACGGAAGAAGACUUUAGCAGUCUCGAAGUCCAGGUCUAUGACGAUGAGAACGGUGCGCUGUACGUGCACCACGAGGUCAACUUGCCUGCGUUUCCGCUGUGCAUGGCUUGGAUGGACUGCGCGCCUGUGCCACUGGAUGCAAGUACAGGGCCGGUCGAUGGCAGUUUUGUAGCGGUCGGCACGUUUAAGACUGGCAUUGAGAUCUGGGACCUCAAUGUGAUGGACGUGCUCGAGCCCUCGGCGACGCUCGGCGGGGAACAGGACGAAGAUCUGCGCAAUGUUGCCAUGCCUGAAGUCUCGAAGCGACGGAAAAGCCGCAAGACAGCGCUCAAGCCGGGGAGUCACCAAGAUGCCGUCAUGGCGCUGGACUGGAACAGUAGCCACCGAAAUAUGCUGGCAAGCGGGUCAGCCGACUCGACGGUCAAGGUCUGGGACAUUACGACGCAAAAGUGCUUGUAUACCAUGACACACCAUAGCGACAAGGUCCAGGGUGUGCGCUGGAAUCCAGCCGAGACCACGGUGCUUGCCAGCGCAUCGUUUGACCGGCACAUUGUCGUGCUGGAUGGCCGUCAGCCGGACGCGUUUUCCAAGUUCCAGCUGAGUGCCGAAGUGGAGAGUCUCGCGUGGAUCCCGCACAGUCCGAGCACUAUUGUAGCGUCGUCGGAAGACGGCGUGGUGGUGGGUUUUGACGUGCGGAUGAAUGGAUCGUCCCCGCUGUUUCGUUUCGACGCCCACAGCAGCACCGUUUCAGCCAUCUCCUUCUCAGCUCAGGUGCCUGGUUUGAUGGCCACAGCUGGCGUCGACAAGACCGUCAAGCUGUGGGACCUCAAGGACAAUGCUCCUGUGUGUGUCACCUCGAUGGAGAUGAAUGUGGGUGAGCUGUUUGCACUGUCCUUCUACCAGGACUCGCCAUUCAUGCUCGGAGUGGGAGGCUCAAAGGGUGUGCUGGCGCUGUGGGACACCUUUGACGACGAGAGUGUCAAGCGCCGAUUCGGCUCUCGCGCACAAGGCUUGGCCACGGCGGUCUCGAGCGACAUUUCAGCUUCUUUCCGGUCGCCGUACCAGCUUGGUGAAGAGCUAGCACGUGAGGAAGAGAGUGGAAAGCAGACGCAAGGCAGGAAGAAGAAGGUAGGCAAGAGCAAGAAGGGUAAGAAAUAA